AUGGCUGCUUCUUGUGCUUCCUGUAUUACUCAAUUUUCACUUCUUCUUUUCCUUUUUAUUUCUUUCGCCUAUGCUCAAUUACCUUCCUCUACUUCUCGACCAGCCUCUAUAGUCUUCGAUCUAGACAGAGAUCCAUUAAACCUUCAGUAUAUGAUCAAAAUCAACCAAGGAACUCCUCGGGCAGCCAUAAAACUAAGCCUUGAUCUCGGCGGGAAGUUACCCUGGCUCCGUUGUCAGAAAGGUUACAUGUCAUCAUCGUAUCGACCAGUCAAAUGCAAGUCACCCCAAUGCUCUGUGGUGAGCAAACCAGUCUCAUGUGUAUCUUGCAAUGAAACCAAGCUUAAAACCACAGGGUGCCAUAACAACGCAUGUCGCGUUUACACAAGUAACCCGGUAACUCAAUCUAUCAGCAGCGGUGAGCUCAUUUCAGAUAUUGUGACCGUUAAAUCUGAGGAUGUGUACACUAUAGAUGACGGAUACAUAAUAAGUCCAGAUAUGGAGUUCUCAAAGCCAGGUCCAAUUGUUACGCCUCGUCGGUUUACAUUCGGCUGUGCAACUGCUAGCAAUGGUCUUAGGGGACUUGCUAAAGGUGCCGCAGGAGUGGCUGGUAUCGGGCGCUCAUCUGGUCUUUCCCUAGUUUCACAAUUUUCAGCUGCGUUCGGAUUGUCUCGCAUAUUUGCUCUGGAACUAUAUAGAUCUAGUGGUACCAUUUAUUUUGGGGGUGGAUCUUACGUUACUCUUAACUAUAUGAUGGGUGUUAUUUACAAAAGAUAUUUAACAUACACCCCUCUCUUGAUUAACCCAAGAAGGCGUGAAGAAUAUUUCAUUGAUGUAAGAUCGGUCUUGAUUCACGGUAAAACUGUGCCAAUAUCGAAGAAAUUGUUGUCCAUUAACAAGAAAACUGGAGUUGGAGGAACGAAAAUCGACAUUCGGAUUCCUUACACUAUGCUGGAGACAUCAAUCUACAGGGCAUUUGUUAAGGUUCAUACUGAAUGGGCUAAAGGCAUGAAUGUUUCCAGGGUUGCUUCGGUUGAGCCUUUUAGUGCCUGUUAUAGCUCAUCCACCAUACCUUGGACAACAAUUGGAAAUCCUGAGCCACCAACUGUUGAACUAAACUUUCCAAAGAAUGUAUAUUGGAAUAUCGUCAAGGAUCUGGUAUGGAUUAAUGAUGGCGUACAUUGUUUAGCAUUUGUUGAUGGAGGUUCAAAUCCCGUGACUUCCAUUGUCAUUGGUGCGCAUCAGAUGGGUUUCAUAGAGUUUGAUAUCUCAAGAUCAAGAGUAGGCUUCGAGGGACCACGGUGGAUCACCUAG